AUGGGCUCUACAAGUCAGCAGCAGGGGUACGCAUGUCGCUGCCUGAACGUGCGUGUCCUACCCCUGCCCCCGCCGGGACAACCGCCGACGGUGGACAACGAUUAUGACUCGGUUUAUGUCGAUGACGACGGUUUAUCUGUCGCCCAUCUACAACUUACUCUCCGCAGCCGAACCCGACCAGUUCAGGAGAAGAGCGGAGAAACUACCCGCUCCACCCGGUACACAUCACUGACCUGUUUGUUAUGCCAAACGCCCGUAUAUCGUGUGCAUCAGAUAGUUCACCCCGACGUGGAGGAAGCGGAAGGCCCUGUACUCCCUACGGACGACUGGGCGGAGCAAGACAUGCUGAAGAGUACAUCUGGGUGGAUUGAGGUGUACAAGGGGUGUCUGACGCGGGAAUGUAUAUCGCAGGCAGAAAAUUCGCCUGAGUACUCCAAACUAUUUUCUGUCCUCCUACCCCCGGAAUUACCGGGUUCUGCCCCUGCCGGUGAUUCCGAACCUCCGUACAAGAGCCUCCCUCAACAGUCGGGACCACACCUUCCACCGCUUCCACCGCUUUUUGCGCCCCCACCAUUUUCGCCCGCGGAUCCUGUGUUCUCUCAUCUUUCAUCUAUUGCUGCAGCCGAGUCUGAGAAUAUCAGAAACGGGGCUGAAGAGUACAUAGCGAACGUUACACAGGAGAAAGUUGCCGAAGUUCAAGCCGCGGAUCUCGACCUAAAGCACAAAGUUGAGCUCUUGUGGAGCAAGUUUCGAGAGACUGUAGACAAAUUUGAAGGUAAGGUUAACGGCAUCGCGCCACAUUCGACGUCCCGGCGCAGACGUAGCAGCGUCAGGCGGCCGGGACACGGUGCGGACCCCAUCCCAGUCGAAGCGUCCUCCGUGCGCAUCAAUGACUUCGUCCCGAUUCACGACCUCCACCCGCGCACAUCGGCGGCAGCUGCCUUCCCCAAGGUCGCCUCUGCGCUCUCGGCGUCUCUCGCGACGUCGUCGUUCCAUUACCCACACGCCCACCGGGAGCGGGAUGCUUCAGGCUCCUCGCCGUCGCCGAGCCGCUCCAGCGUUACGCGCGUCAAGACGCCCAGCAUAGCUUCCUCGCGUACGGCCGCGUCGGCGACGAACGGCGAGGGCAGCUCUAUCCUCGAGGCGUUCCGCCGGAAUAUGGAUGAGUCAAAGGACAUUGCGACCAGCUUCCAAUACGUGAUGAACAUGGAGACGAUGAUGGAGGGCGUCCGAGGGCGACAGGAUAGUAACAGCCACACUGUAGAUCUGAGCGUGGUGGAGGGGAAUCAAGCUGCUGAGAGCAGUGCCGCUGCGGUUGUUCGAGCACGAUCUCCGAAGGCGGGCAAGAGCUCUAUCAAGAAGCCGAAGGACGAGGAGAGGCCUGUUGAGCCAACGCAGGACGUGCCGCCACCAAGCACGAAUGGGAAGGCAGAAGAUGGCCAUCCAGAGGGCAGUACUGACAAAGGUAAAAGAAAAGUGACCUUUGUUGUGAAGCCUGAAGUUACCAUCAUAGAUGGAGAAGCUCAGCCACAGGAGGCGGUGAAGGAGGCAGACGAAGUGAUUUUCGACAUGGAAGGCGAAGGGGGCGAGCGCAAGGAUACUGGUCCUGUCUUAGAUCCCUCGUCUCCGCUGAGCCCGAAGUCACCUACCCCAGAUUCCCCGCGAGCACCGAAACGCCCGCCCCGCGCAAGAAAAUCGAACGACUUCGGGCCCGUGUCCUUCGCCGCUCUGCGCCCGGCAUCGCUGCCAACAUACUCCACCGUUCCGCCGCCGCCUCGGCUGCGCGAGGAGCCUGCGCCUGCAGCAACCCCGCGUCCGCAGGCCAUGCGCGAGUCGCUCCUCGUUCCUCCAGACGGCAGUCGACAGGUGAAUGGCAACCACGACGUGAUAGCGAACGGAAAGGAGGACUCAGACGACGAAGAGAACUUCGGUUUACAGGAGGCGGAGAUACUUCGUCUCGUCGCUGCGAGCACGCCGAGCCAUAGAGGCGCGUGGAAGAAGAACAGCAAGGCGUGGCAGCUGUUUGUGAACCGGAGCGAACGCAGGAUGCGGGAUGCUGACCCGGAGGCGAUCGCAGAGGAAGAAGAGAGCGCUUCUAGUGUGGAAUAUACCAGUCCUGGCACACGAUACACGGAGAGACCAGAAGAUGAACACGUGUUAGAGUAUGGCGACGAUGACGGCCAAGAUGAUGAGCGCUGGUCGUCACAUCGGGGUGUGGCAUCUUCGUUGCCUAUUCCCAUAGACAGGUCAGGCUUUGGACUCCCGUCCUACCAACUCAAGACGUCGCUAUCCGACCGUCCUGGCGUGCUGGUGCCAGCGCUGCACAAGGUCUCGUCCGCGGCGAUGCGCAAGGCAGCCUAUGCGGAACGCGACCGCAGCCGAUCUAUUGACCCGGGUGCGCUGGAUUGCAUUAUGGAUGAGGAUGAAGAGGAGGAAGAGGAAGAUGACGGCGAUGAUCUUGAAGCCGGGUCGAGAGGCCGACAGCGCGCGUUACAGAUCUUGAAGGCGCGCAGUGAGCUCCCACCAGCCGGCAUGUGGAGAAGCCUGGCCUGA